UUCGACCUACACGGAAUAUAAUAUGUGUAACACCAAGUCCGCUUCCGGUUUACGAGGACACGUCACUCAUUCGACUGAGAAAGGGGACCGGUGCAAAACUCGUCUAUUGACCCCAUUUGUUCACAUUAGACGGAAAAAUCAUGUCGAACUCAGUCCUUUCGGUGGUUUCACGGUUUCUAGAGGAGUACACCACCACGACGCCCAACAAGCUGAAGGUGGUGGAUUCAUAUUUGCUGUACAUCUUGUUGACAGGAGCUCUGCAGUUCCUCUACUGUCUGCUCGUCGGAACCUUCCCCUUCAACAGCUUUCUGUCGGGCUUCAUCUCCUGCGUUGGCGCUUUCAUUCUUGGAGUAUGUCUUCGUAUCCAGAUCAACCCACAGAAUAAAGCAGACUUCCUGUCCAUCUCUCCGGAGAGAGCCUUUGCCGACUUCCUGUUCGCUCAGACCGUCCUUCAUCUGGUCGUGAUGAACUUCAUUGGUUGAAACAGAUGUGCAUCUGCCUCUCAGAAGAUCACAACGAGAAGUUACUAAAAACCCCCCCUCAAUACAUGGUGAUUUUGUGCCACUGAGUCACAUCCCAUCAUCAAGAAUGAAUUAGUUUAAUCUUGUCACCCAUGAUGCAGUACAAUUUAAUAAUGAUUCAUUUGUUGCAUUCUUUUUUUUAUUAUCAGAAUUUGUAAAGCAUUCCCUUUUGCACUGAGCAGAAGAAAUAAAAACCUCUCAAAUGGUGA